AUGGUCCAGCUCAUGGGCUCCGGCGCGGCCGCCGAUCGGCCACGAGCCUUUGUGUGGCUUGGCCCGAAAGAUGACCCCGACCUGUCUGAGGCGGUUGGCCAGCUCCUUGAGUCGUCUCCUCACAAUUUCAAAGUCUCUUACGUCGGGCCAAAAGACAUAACUGCCGAGAGUCUGAAGACUGUAAAGCUCCUUGCCUUUCCAGGCGGUGAAGAUGUGGACAACCUGUGGAAAGUAGUCAAGCCCGUGGCGCAACCCAUUCGCUCAUUCGUUGCCGGCGGCGGUCGCUACCUUGGCUUCUGUCUUGGUGCAUACAUGGCUGGCCACUCGCCAGGCCUUGGCCUGCUGCCAAACGGUUCGGACGUAUCUGCUGAGUGCGAUGAGGAGGACGCGCAAGUCAGGGAUGACAGGGAUACGGUGAUUCAGAUUCACUGGGCAUUCAGUUCCGGCUCGAGCGCGGGUAAAACGGUAAGCGAUCGUUGGAUCUACUACCAGGAAGGAAACUAUGUCAAGAACUUCGUCGAAGACAAUACGAGCUACGUACUGGGACGGUACUCAAAGACGGACCGCGUCGCUGCGACGCUCAACAAGUAUGGCGAGGGCUGGGUUGGCACAAUCGGUCCUCAUCCAGAGGCGGACCAAUCUUGGUUUGAUUUGGCAAACAUUACCGCGCCGGAUGGUUUGCAGUUUGAGCCUGGCGGCCAAGCUGCCGGCCAAUGGAACGGAGCCGAAUCCAUCUACUACAGCAGGAACGAGUUCAUCCACUGUAUCGGAGCCGAAGCCAUCUACUACGACAGAGCCGAUUUCAUCCACUGCAUCGGAGCCGAAAGCAUCUACUACAACCGAGCCGAAGCCAUCCACUACAACAAAGCCAAAAUCAUCCGAUACAGCUGA